CUAAGAUCCGAUUUCGGGACCGUUUUUAUGUUUUUUAAUUAUAUUUUCUUAUUUCAGUUGACGGAUCGGAUAUUUUUAGUUAGGUUAAUAAUGAAUAAUUUAUCGUGACUCAUUUGCAUUUUUUUCAAGAUGGGUAUACAGGGCUUGAUACCCUUUUUGAAGAAAGCAUCAAGUCCUUGCAACGUUAAGGAUUUCAAAGGAGCAGUGGUCGCCAUCGACAGUUACUGCUGGCUGCACAAGGGAGCUUUUGCGUGCGCUGAAAAACUGGCUCUUGGCGAAAAAACGGAUCAGUAUGUUCUCUACUGCAUGAAGUACGUCAACAGUCUGCUGGCAUUUGGCAUUAAGCCCAUAAUGGUAUUCGAUGGAUGUCGCUUGCCAUCCAAAAAAGAAGUUGAACAAACUCGAAGAGAUCGAAGGAAUGCCAAUCGCAAGAAAGCAGCCCAACUUUUGAGGGAAGGCAAGAAAGCAGAGGCAAGAGAUUGCUUGGUCCAAUGCAUUGACAUCACACCCCACAUGGCACUUGAACUUAUUAAGGCGUGUCGUGCAAGAGGUGUUGAUUGCAUCGUGGCACCUUAUGAAGCCGAUGCUCAACUGGCUUACCUCAACCAAAUCGGCCUGGCUGAUGUCAUUAUCACUGAGGACUCUGAUCUCAUUCUUUUUGGCUGUGAUAAAAUUUUAUUCAAGAUGGAUUUGAUGGGCAAUGGUUUGUUAGUUGAAAAAUCCAAACUCCACUUGGCCAUUGAUAUUCCAUCUGAUCAGUUCACUUUCGAAAAGUUUCAAAGGAUUUGCAUACUGAGUGGGUGUGACUACUUGCCAAGCUUGCCAGGCAUUGGACUUGCUAAAGCUACAAAAGUUUUCAAGCUCAGCCGACAGACUGACAUGAAGCAGGUUUUAAAAAGGCUUCCAAUGAUAUUAAAAAUGCCUUCCCUAGUUGUAACAGAUGAUUACAUUAAUAACUUUUUCAAAGCUGAAAAUACUUUUCUUUACCAAUUGGUCUUUGAUCCAUUGAGGAGAAAGUUGCUGCCGUUGAAUGCAUAUCCGGCUCAUGUUCUCAGGCUGGAUAUGAGUUAUGCUGGUCCUUCCAUGUCUGAUGAGGAGGCACUGCAAAUUGCAUUGGGCAACGUUAAUGUCAAUGAUGGCUCUACAAUGGCUCACUAUGAUCCUGACGAUGACAAGGUGCUUUAUUUCUUUUGA